CAGCACAGUGAAAAACAGAGGUCACAGCAAUGGAAGGAGAGGAGUAUAUAGGACAAGAUGUUUCAAACAAUGAUACAAGUGAUGCUGAUGACAAUUUUGAUGACAUGCUUAUGGAGUAGGUGGAAGACAAGCAAUGGAUUCUGAAAGUCAAAUUUGUAAUGACCGGCAAACACACAGAGAGACUGGAGGCCAAAGUGAGAAACAUAAAAUUGUAUGGCUCUUCAUUUCAUUGCUUGAAACCGAGAAGCUGGAUAAGUGAUGAGGUUAUUGAUGCAUAUUUGAGCUGUGUGGUCGAGAAAGCAGAUGGAAAAGUACAAGCCAUCUCAUCGGUAGUUUCCACUGUCGUUCUCUCAGGCAGAGCUCCACAAAUGAAAGUGAAGAGUGAAUUACUUCAAAAUGAUAUAUCAUUGCUUCAUUACCACACACCAGAUCAUUGGGUUCUUGCGAUAGCCUUGAUGAGAAAAAAGGAAUUGUUAAUAAUUGACCCCUUGUGUGAUGAGAUGAUAUAUGAAAGAACAUGCCUGAGGAAUUGGAGAAACUUCAUCAAACAAUUAACUAGAAAAUCCUCAUCUGAUUGGAAUAGUAAAAUUGUUCAGCAUCCCAGACAAAGUGAUGGCCACAGCUGCGGAUCACUCAUCUUAAAGAAAUGUAUUUGCAGCACAAAGACAUCAGUAUGGUAGAAACAACACAAGAGGCUAAUUCUGCGUUUAGAAGACAUAUAGCAAUUCUUCUAAUGAAGGAGUCAGGUAAUUAGUUUCUACCAUGUACUGUGGACUCAUUAGUUACAUGUGAAGAUAAUAGGAAGAGUAGAAUUAUGUCACGUAGCAGACAGUUAUCUUAAUACCCCUGAAGUGGGAUAUCUCACAGGUUUGGUUCUCUAAUGGUGACUCUGAAUCAAUAAUAUCUUUAAGUACACAAAAAUUUGAAUGGGGUGAAUGGUUGCUAUUGAUUGACCAGUUGAAUGAAAUUGGUAUUUGUAUAUACAGGUGCAGUAAAGUAAAAAUUUGAGAAAAUAUGACUCACAAAAAAGAAAAAGAUAUGUUCAAACCAGUGACUGGAUUAAAAUAUUGACAAUUAAUAAAUCAAGAUUUGCAUUUUCAGUGUUGGUCGUAACGUAUUCAUCAUUUCAUAGCGCUAGAUUUGUUUUUAAGAAAGCAUGGAGGACUACUGCAUAUACUGCAGCUUUGUCAACUGUGAAAAGGAAAGUGAGGAUUGCACGAUGGUAAGAAACAUAGAAUUGUAUGAGAAAUAAAUGCCAUAAACUGCCUAAGGAUCACGAUUCUUGUAAAAAUUCCACAUCAGUAAACAUUUUCAUCAUGCUGAUAGGCAUAUGUUAGGUAAUGCUGACAUGUGGAAGGAAUAGCAUGAGUGAAUGCAAAGUAUGUGUAACAUUAUAACUUCUGUGAUUUCAUUUUCUCAAUUGUUACUUAUCAAAGGUCCAGUGUGAUUCUUGCAAGGGGUGGGCACAUAUGCCCUGCAUUCCAGAAGGAACCAGUCAAGACUACCUGACUGAUGAGAAGAAACAGCACAACUGCAAAAAAUGUGUAUAGUUCCCUUCUUUACCAAAAAACCCCCAAACCAUUAUGUUUAAAUGCCUCUUGUUCAAAACAUAAUGCAACCAAAAGAAAUUUUUUUAUUUAUAUACCAGAUUAUAAAAAUAAAUGUUUUUUAUUUGGAAAAAAUUA